UGCUGCAUUUGUUUUUUCCUCAGAAACGACAGCACCCAUCCGUGCUAAGGACAUCAGUGAUGAGUUGAUGAAGCAGUUUGCUUUUCUUUCUGGUGGCCGAGGGAAGGACAAGGCUUGGAUCAUCACCUUGCCUGACAACUCUCGCUUCAACGAUGUGCCUGAGGAUGUUGUAACUAAAGUCUUAACAUACCUAACAUCAGUCCCGAGUCAACAUGAGUCGGACACCAAAUUUAUCCUAAUCCUGGAUAGAAGAUUGGACACAUGGACAUCUGUCAAAACGACUCUCCAAAAAAUUGCAGCGUCAUUCCCAGGGAACCUGCACUUGGUGAUGGUUCUUCGUCCCACAGGGUUUUUCCAGCGCACCUUCACUGACAUUGGAUUUCGAUUUAGUCAGGAGGACUUUCUACUCAAGUUACCGGUUGUUAUGCUGAGCUCGGUUAGUGACCUGCUGACAUAUAUUGAUGAGCAGCAGCUAACCCCAGAGUUUGGAGGCACCUUGGAGUACUGCCACAGCGAGUGGGUCAUCUUCAGGACUGCAAUAGAGAAUUUUGCACUAACCGUGAAGGAAAUUGCACAGAUGUUACAAUCUUUUGGCACAGAGCUGGCAGAGACUGAGCUCCCAGAAGACAUGUAUUCCAUCGAGCGCAUCCUGGCCCUGCGCACUGAGAAGUACUUCCAGCUCAAGGAAGAUAUUACAGCAGUCACGAAAGAAGGAAAGUUGCUUUUAAGCAAUUUAGAAGAGCCUGAUGUGGGUGAAUGCAGCCAGGACCAGCACCAGAGGCCUGGAGACUGGGACACUGUGAAUAGGCUACUCGGGCAGCUGCGGGAGAUGGAGACUGCUUUUGAUGGCUUCUGGGAAAAACAUCAGUUGAAAAUGGAGCAGUAUUUACAACUGUGGAAGUUUGAGCAAAGUUUUCAAGAGGUCAAGAAUGCCAUUGAAUUUUUAAUGGGUCAACAAGCAGAACUGCCCGACACUGGAGACAGUGUCUCCCAAGUGAAACAGAGGCUGAAGGACUUGAGUCAUUUUGAUGGUCUGGCUCAGGAUCUGAUAGGGAAGGCUCAGGUGGUGAUACUACAUGGACACCAGCUAGCAGCAAAUCAUCACUACGCACUCAACUUAAUCUGCCAGCAAUGCAACGAGCUGCGGCACCAUUCUGAUGUCUUGUCUGACGAGAUCAAAAGGAAGCAGAUGCGGCUGCAGAAGACUUUGGAUCUUCAUACUCGCCUUCAGCAGGCCCUGCAGUGUUGUGAUGAGGGUGCCUACCUGCUUGCCAACCAGCAGAUGGACAAGUGCCAGUCUAAAGAAGGUGCUCAGAAAGCUCUCCAGGACAUAGAAAGAUUUCUUGAAAGCUCUUCGCCCUACUUAAACUAUGAUCCCCAGUCCCUACAGUAUGAUUUUGAGUCAGUCUUAACAGCUGAAUUGAAGUGCCAGAUACAGUCAGUGCAGGUGAAGCUUGAAAAUGUUCGAAGCAUGUUUGAGAAUCGUCAGUCUUGCUUCAAGAAGCUGCUGGAUAAGCAUGUGCGUCCCGUCCAGUUAGUGGCCCCUCGGCCAGAAAACCCCCCACGAUCAAAGUCACCAUUAUUUUCUCCUAAACAUGGUGUGGAUUUUAAUUCCAGUUUGAAAUUUUCAUUUGACCUCUCUCUCCCUGGGAAGAAAACAUCAAGAAAAACUCCAAGUUCUCGCAAGAUUGAAGUAAUGCACGAUUAUCAGGAAAAACGGAAUUCCUUGCAGUCUUUUAUUUCAGACAGUGAUGACAACUUAGAUAUACUGAAAGGCCAUGUCAUAAAUGAGCUUAUAGAAACUGAGAGAGUGUAUGUAGAGGAACUGUUCACUGUUCUGACGGGCUACAGAGCUGAGAUGGACAACCCUGCCAUGGUCAUCCUUAUGCCUCCCGUGCUGAGGAACAGGAAGGAUGUCCUCUUUGGAAACAUGCCCGAGAUAUAUGACUUCCACAACAAAAUAUUCCUGCACAGUUUGGAAAGCUGCCUGGGAGCACCCGAGAGAGUGGGAUUUUGUUUCCUAGACAGGCGAGAGGAUUUCCAGAUGUAUGAGAAAUAUUGUCAGAACAAGCCCCGGUCAGAGUCCCUGUGGAGGCAGUGCUCUGAGAGCACCUUCUUCCAGGAGUGCCAAAGAAAAUUAGAGCACAAACUUGGGCUGGAUUCCUAUUUGCUCAAACCAGUGCAGCGCCUGACAAAAUACCAGUUGCUUCUGAAGGAGUUAUUAAAGUACAGCACAAGCUGUGAUGGAGUUCAGGAACUUCAAGAAGCUCUGGUUGCAAUGCUGGAUUUGCUAAAAUCAGUCAAUGACUCUAUGCAUCAGAUUUCAAUAACAGGAUAUGACGGCGACUUGAGUGAACUGGGAAAAGUAUUGAUGCAAGGAUCUUUCAGUGUUUGGACAGGACACCGAAAAGGCCCAACAAAAAUGAAGGAUCUUGCCAGGUUCAAGCCAAUGCAGAGGCAUCUCUUCCUAUAUGAGAAAGCGUUGGUCUUCUGCAAGAAGCGAGAGGAUCAUGGAGAUGGAUAUGAUAAAACUUCGUCUUACAGUUUUAAGCAUUUUCUGAAAAUGAAUGCAGUUGGAAUAACUGAGAACGUGAAGGGGGAUCAUAGAAAAUUUGAAAUCUGGUAUAGUGGAAGAGAAGAGGUAUACGUUGUGCAGGCCCAAACAGUAGAUCUGAAGAUGGCAUGGUUAAAUGAAAUAAGAAAAAUUUUAUUCAAGCAGCAGGAGCUCAUAAAAGUGGAGAAGCAGCAGCCUAGCUCGUGCACUGACCAGCUCCACCUCUCCUCCCAGCUGAGUGAUGGAAAGCAGCAGAGAGCCUCCAUAAGCUCAGAAGAGAACGACUCGGAGCGCACCAGCCCAGUGCCACUGGACAGCGUGCUCCUGUCACCCCAGAGCAAACCCCACAGAAGCUGGCCAGGAAUGUCACAGUCCCUGGAGAUCUGUGAGGGGCUGGAGGAGUGGUCGGGUAACCAGUACCUUUCCAACUGCUCAGACACCGAAGAGGAGGAGGGGAACCAGCUGUCUCCAGGAAAAUACAAAGCCCUUGCAGACUGCAAGAGGAGAGGAUCAGAGGAUCUGCUGGUGAAAAAUGGGGAUGAAAUUCAGCUUUUGCAUGAAGAUGGUGAGGGACAGUGGUUGGUGAAAAACCUAAACAGAAGAAAAGAAGGCUGGAUCCCUGUCCACAGUCUGCAGAUAGUAGUCGGUGAUUGUAGAUUUCGGAAUGCCAAAGUUGCAGCUCAGACCCCAUGUGAAUAGGAUGCACCUAGGCAAAACCUCCUCAAGCUGCACAAGAUGCUGUGGCCUGAUCCAAAGCACGUGGAAGGAAGGCUUCAGUUCUGCGCUUGGUCAAGCCUUGCUCUUUCACUCACUGCUGAUUGCUGCUUGUUAAUCCUUCAUUAAAAUAGUUUAUAAACAAAUUACCAGGUUUUAGUGAAAGGCUUCUAGUCUUAAAAAUCAUGUUUCUCAUUUUCUAGUUGUAAAUGUACAUAGAUUAAGAAGAAUAGCAGAUGACACAAGAAGAUGCCUUAAGAGCAGCCCUUACCCUCACCAUGUAUUUGGUAUCACCACUCCAUGGUUUUUCAUUACCAUGCUGGAAAUGGGGGGCUGGGAUUGUGACUGGAACAGCUCAGAACAUACAGAGAAAAAAAUUCACAAAGGUUUUGUCCAUAAAAAAUGAAGUCUAGUUAUCUCUGGGUCCUGGACCAAAGUCUGUGUGGAGGUUCCUCCAGCCCUGAAAGCACCCUGAAAAUAGGAUACUGGUUAACUUUGAGUGCUGGCUUGCUUUGUUCAGUGGUCGUAACCUCCAAAUCCUAGAGACCUGCAGCUCCAUGCUGGUUUACAGUCACUGAGAACAAAGUAAGAAGAAUUUCCCGGGACAGAAUCACAGAAAGCUGCUGCUGUACAUCUUACACUGCUGCUCAGAUGUUUGCAGCCGUGUCACCAGAGUCUGGCAGCAGUGCUGAGGCUUAGUUUUCCCUGUUAAGAUUGACUUUGCUCAUUUUCUCUGUUGCUGAUCGUGUAUGCAGUCGGUAGGCAUGGUUCUAAUUUUACACGCACUUCAGGCAACGCUGUAGGAUGGUGUAGGAUGUUUUCUCUCCAUUUCCUGGAGUUAUUCAAAGAACUUUUCAGUGGCAUGUCCUCACAGCCAUCAUGCACUCUAAAAACUGAUUUUCAGACCACACCUUUGUAUUUAACAAAGCUGUUCCUUUUGUGGAUAGGUCAUUCUAUGCUGUGGGUGAUUUUACAGCCAUUAAUUGCUCUGGGAUUUGGCCGGGUUUGGGGUCUGUUUUCUGCUUCUUCAGAAGAUGGAGCUCUUGCUCCAGCUCUGCAAGAAGUCCUUCCAGCCAGCCUCCCUUGGAGGAAGGACAGGCUGGUCCUGACAUAGCAGACACAAUUUGCCAGCUGAGGAGUGACGUUCUGUACAGGAGGGCACACUGUAACCCACAGAUAUUCUCAGCUGCCUCUGGGGUUCUCUGGAGCUGAAAGCAUGCAGGGCUGGUUCCUGUGUUAGCGCUUGGCUCCUGGUCCCCACAGUCAUUAACAACUUAAAGUUGCAGGAAGCUUUUCUGCCCAUUUGAAGUUAUCAGAUAGGAAUUUGGUAGAUGUCCCACUACCCUGCCAUUGCCAGCUUUGCAAAUCCGCUGUCCUGCACGGGGCCUGCCAAGGGAGAGCCUCUGUGCAAAGCAGAAUUUGGAACAGCCAAAUGAAUCCCCAAAAUACAGAUGCUUUUUUCCUUUACUCCUUCACUGGUUGUGCAGUUAAUUUGCCUUAUGGAUGAGUGGUUACUAUUGGCAAUGUCAUGUAACAGCUGAUAAAGAGAGUACUUUGGUCUAAAUCUGUAUUGCAGAGGUGGGAGGGAAAACCUUAUUAAACUUAGUGUAAAUCUUGGCCUGGAUUUAAGCCAGGAGGCUUUUGGGAAGGAAGAUAACUGGCUUGGAGUUCAUUUUGAAUAACAAUUUUUCCCCUGUUGUGCCCCUAGCAAUAACUUCUGAAAUUAGCCAUUGCUUCUUUCUUCUGAAUAGAUUUGUUUCCUGUGUAAAUCUGUGGUGUUUCUCUUCUGUCUGUGCCACAGCAGUAGUUCUGUAUUGCAGAUGCUAACGCACAGAUCUCAAAAUGGAAAAAGUUUGGUGAGAACUCUGCUCAGAGAAAGCACUGCUCAGGAAAUAGUGGUUGCAUGUUGCUCAUUUCAGAUGGCUUGCUAAAGCAUAAACAAUUUUUGUAUGUAUUAAGAAAUGUAUUAAGAAGGAGCAGUCCCUGUGUAAGAUGUGAAUCCCUUGGAAUGUCAGGAAUGUGGGUUAGAAUCCAAACUCUUCUUCCACAAUAGGCCAGGAAGCAAAAUAGCUCUGCAGGUCCCCAAGUUGCUUAUACACCAGAGACCACCUACUCCUGUCAUACAGAGAACUGGCAGCACCUGUGUCACUGAAGGGAAAACCAUGUUACCUCCAGCUGUGCUGCAGCACCCAGCUCAGCAAACUGAGAGCUCAGACAGCAAAGGUGAGGUCCUUGCUGAAACCCAGUGCAGAUGUGUGACGUGUUUCAUCUCAGUGACAUGGUGACAGUGCAGGUGCACGAUAGCUCCCCUCUUGUGGAGGCUGAGCUCUUGUUCUGCUCUUCUUUCCUCUCAGCAGUGGUAAACAAAUGCAAGCAAAAGGAAACAUUUUGCUCACUGUAGAAUUUUCACAUCAGAGCAAAAUGAGGCCAAUGCAUUUCCAGCCUUUUUCAUCUGACCUUUAAAAUCUGGGCAGAGAGAUGGUUUCUGAUUUCGCCUGACUGCAUGAAGGUUGUGUGAGGCUGAUUUCUUUUAGAGAGAGCAUGAAAUAGAGGAGAAUUGAGCCCAAACCUGAGAAGCACUCAGAGCAGCCAUUGGAAGAUGCUCCAUUCCAGGGCAGAUGCUGGCACCCACUUGUUUCAGGGAGGAUGCAGGCAGCCACGAUGCUCUCACUUUGCGGUGUGAUGUAGGUCUGACCAGGUUCCUGCUCCUGUGCUAUAUGUCAGACAUCUUCUAGUUUUGUUCAACAUCCCACUUGGCAAAUUCUCUUCCAAGCCUUAAGGGGAUCCCUGUGUGUGUUUGUGCACGUGUGAGUGCGUGUGUGCUCUUCAUGCUAAGCUGCCUCUCACUUGGAGUGCCCAGAGGACAAAGCUCAUGCACCCUCUGCUCUGACCAGCCAGGGCAGCGGCCUCUUGGCUGAGUUUGAGGCAGCUCUUUACAUAGCACCUUGGGCCACACAAUUCUAAUUUGCCUGAUGAAAGUGCGUGGCUGAAUGCUUGAGCUCUUGCAAGCUAGCGUAAGCAUGUUAGCUGAAAUGUGCAAGUUUUGUGUAAGUUCUGUUUCAAAUGCCACUUGUCAUUUUGCAGAUGUAGCACAGCUGUUUGCACUGUUACUCAGGCACUUUAAUGAUUGCAGCCACAGGAUUUAUGUGAGCAGAAUUAUUAUGCAGGGUCCGUUAAAGAUAAUGUUAAUUUUUGCCUUUGAAAUAUAAAGCAGGGUCUACAUUUACAACCAGCAAUGCCAGCCAGCCUCAUAGAACAACUAUUUUGUGCCCAUAGAAAGCCAUUUUGCAAUGACAAAAUAAGGACUCUAGAGACGAUAACCGCUGGCCAUGCUGUGAUAAUCAAGUGAUAGAUUACAGAAACGAGUCAAACCCUGUGGUCCUGCCUUAGACAAGGCUCUCACUGAAGCUAAUGGGAGUUCAGCUUUCAGGGAGAACCACGGGAGUGUGCUGGUUUUUUCUUUUAUGUUUUACAAAUGUUACAUGAUUACAGGGAACAAUGUGUUUCUUGGAAUAAGAUGCUUUAACAUUAACAUCAUUCUUCAUUACU